CUGAAUAAAGUUAAACGAAACCGGACGCGCCGACACGGUCGUGAAAACCUACAAUCGGCGACGCGGUCCCGGUUUCGUGAAUUUCACGCGCGGCUUCCCUCCAUCUAUAAAAAUCUCUUUCUCCCCACUCUCUCUCUCUCUCUCUCAACUCUGCGAUUUCUCUCUCUCGUCAACAUUUCCUGAUUUUUUCUCUCUUCGAUUCGAUUUCCGUCGCAGAUUUCCGGACGCAAUCCUUCGGGUUUUUUGUUUAACGAACGUACUUCUGCUAUGGAACAAACCUACACCACGCCCGAGGCAUACUUUGAGUCUGAACAAGAUGUGUCUCUCAAACAAAACUGGAAAUCCAUCUCAUCACAGCCAACAGUCUCAGACGAUGCGCACGGUUGCUUCGAUUGCAACAUUUGCUUAGACUCGGCAGCGGAGCCUGUCGUCACCCUCUGUGGUCACCUCUACUGCUGGCCAUGCAUUUACAAGUGGCUUAACGUACAAAUCUCCAGCAAUGAACCUGAGAACGUGCAGAACUGCCCCGUUUGUAAGGCUAGCAUCACCCCCUCCUCUUUAGUUCCCCUCUAUGGCCGUGGCAAGUCGAACACGGAUUCUGAAUCCAAGAAGUCUCACUUGGGUGUGGCUGUGCCUCGAAGGCCACCGCCAUCUGCAACUAACACACUGCACAAUUCCAAUGCAACCUCUGCAUUGCAUCCAAGCCAGGACCUCCAUCCAAAUUACACCCGCUCACCCUCGCACCCGAUCUAUCACCAACAAUACUUCCCCCAGGCCUAUGGUGACAUUGCGACAUACACACCGUCUUAUCUGGGUAAUGCCGUGAUAACAAGUCUGUUAAACCCAACGAUUGGGAUGUUUGGAGAAACGGUUUUCACGAGAAUUUUCGGUAGCGUGGAUUCGAACUUGUUGCCAUACCCGCCUUACAACAACUCCAUCCCAGGAAAUGGAAGUAGCAGAAUGAGAAGGCAGGAAAUGCAGCUUGAUAAGUCUCUUAAUAGAGUUUCAAUCUUUCUAUUUUGCUGCUUUAUUAUCUGCCUUUUGUUGUUUUGAACUUGGCAAUCGAGUUGUAUGUAUGGAGAACCACAUGAUAUAAAGAUCAAGCUCUAGUAAAUUUUGCUGGAUGAUUUUACUGUGACAGUCGUCUACAUAUAUGUACAUAAUGUUUUUUUUU